AUGCCGAAGCUGGCCCGUCCAGUCGCGCUCAGUCCCCUCCUCGCAGUCCAGACGCUACUCCUCAAGCUUUCUCCCGUCGGCAUCGGCAACGUCUUUUGCGUUCUCCACCCGCUGAUCGUCUACGCUCCGGGCCCCGAUUGGCGGCCGGACGGAAGAGUGUGGAUCUCAAGCCCGACGGGAAGCACCCCGAACGCUCCGGCGGCUGCGAUCGCGGGUGCUUCGUCCUCUUCGAGGGCGGAAGCUGAGGCUUGCCUCGACAACAAAGGAGGGCGUAACUUCCCAUUGCAUAUCUUCCACACUUCCUCCACAAAGGGUUGGGGAUUGCGCUCCCCAAUACUCAUUCCGAGGGGCAGUCUUGUCUUACUAUUCACGGGCGAAGUCAUCCCUUCUACCUUGGCCAAGGAGCGCGAAGAGCGCGGUAUGCACACCUACCUCUUCGACCUGCCUGGAGGACUCUGGGUUGUGGACGCAUGGCGAAAGGGCGGACCUGCAAGAUUCCUCAACCAUUCCUGCGACCCGAACUUGGCUUGUAGGGUGGUGGACGUCGCGGAGCGUUUCUGUAGCGUCUAUGAGGACGACGAGGCCACCGCGGAAAGGAUGGGUACGAGCCCCGCCGUCAUUACCAAUGGAGGGUCAGCCCCUCCUUCCACGGUCAAUACCACAACGCUUCCCAGAGAUCAGUCCAUAGCUAGGAACAUUUCCAAUUGCGGCAUUGGCUCGCCCACCCCUACCCUUUCAAGGCCCAGCGGCAACGAGGACCCUUCGACUCUUCAACCGGUCAUAGCAUUCUUCGCCCUCCGCCCAAUCCCAGCUUACGAAGAGCUCACAUUUGACUACUUCUUCUACACGGAGCAAGGAGGGGCCAAGAGGGGGCAGUCGUUUGGGAGCAGUGGAUCUGCCGGGAGUGGAGGAAGAGCAGCUACGGCUUGCGAGGGCGAAACGGUUCACCGCGGCCGACGCAACCCAGUCAGAGGAGCAGCAGGACGAUGCAUGUGUGGUGCGCAGAGUUGCCGUCGACCCGAGAUGUGA